GUAGCUGUGCGUCACGCCACUGUGGCCUUUCCUUUACCAUGAGAAAAGCAGAGCGCAUUAAGAUGCAUGACGCGUACAAUCCUCCUAUGUACCCAAAGAAUACUCCUUGACAUAGGCCUCAGUUGCUGUGUUAAGUUCAAAGAGAUAGUAUACAACCACCUAUGGGACGUAUUCUUUGAGUUUUGUAUCACGUUUUUCGGUAGAUGAGAUCGUAAUUUGUUUAAAAGAUUGGAUAUUAAUAAUAAGCGUUCAUACUCUUCGUCACUUCUUAUUCGUUUUAUAUACUAUGGAGGACGUUUUGUUUUGUUACAGAAUGUCUUACCAUGUCUCUCAAUAUAAUUCACUUUGCGCGUCCGCAAAGACACAUGCACUGCUCUGCGUCUUUUUCUUUUUUUUUUUGAAUUCUGAAUAUUUUAGCUCUUUGUUGCUUUUUUCCCUGCACCUAUAACUUUUAUUCACCCGAGGCUCGAAUGAAAAGCACACACUCCUCUCUGUCCGUGCGUCCAAUCAGCGGGAGCUCUGCAGCGCCUUUCUACUCUAAUUGGAUGGAGAUGGGAAAGGAAUACGCAGCUUUGGCACAACGUAAACACACAUGCUCGUCUCCCUCGCUCCGUGGAGGACGCAUCGGAUAGAGCAGAUGGAGUAAACGAAAACUGGAGAACCAAUAAGGCUUUAAAGUUUAUGUCUUUAAAAUUGAAUCGCUUUUAUUAAGCGUCUGCAUCAGAGAAACGGGUCUUCUGGGAGCGAUUUCAAGGCUGCUUUGUUUGGACUGGAGACGGUGUUUCCUAUAUUACCAGGUUGGUGGAUUACGCACAGCGGAGCUCCCGGGACAGCAAAAAGUUUGGAGCACUAUUGUGUUUUCUUUACACAGGAAUUACAUAAAGUGUAUUUAUCAAACACUUCUUUGCAUGUGCAGAACUUCUUUUUGACUCUCUAGAGUGAUUUCGCAUCACUUUUUUAAAGCUACUUUUGUCGCUCAUGCUGAGACUGAAUUUACCGAUGGAUUAGAAUAAACUGAGACUUCAGAAGAAAGAAAUACACCAUCACAUUGAUGCUUUGGGACAUGGCAACAGCAACUUCGAGCCCAUACCUCGCCAGCAGCAGGAUUUUAUCCGGCCCGGUCCUUCACUCUGACCGGAGAGGAGGCGGCAUGCAGCCGGGCAGCCCCGCUGUCACCACGGUGUCUUCAGGUUACAGAGGAGACCCUUCAGUCAAGAUGGUGCAGAGUGACUUUAUGCAGGGUGCCAUGGUGGGGAGCAACGGUGGCCACAUGCUGAGCCAUGCCCACCAGUGGGUUACAUCGUUGCCUCACGCGGCAGCCGCAGCAGCCGCAGCUGCAGUGGCUGCAGCCGAGGCUGGCUCCCCGUGGCCCCCCAGCUCCCAGCCACAGGACGUCAAGAGAAACAGAGAGGACCUCCACCCAGGCUCCUCUCUGCACCACAGAUCCCCACAUCUAGGAAAUCAUCAGGCGCACGCGGGAAGUUGGGGAGGCUCCUCUACGCACAUCAGCAUCAGUGAGGGGCAGCAGCAUCAGCAACAGCAGCAAUCUCUGAUUUACUCUCAGCCCGGAGGGUUCACUGUCAACGGGAUGCUCAGCGCGCACACCGGCCAGAGUCUCAUGCAUGCAGGGCUGGUGCGCGGGGAAUCCCCGGAGCUGGACCACAGCAGCCACCAUCAUCACCACCACCAUCAUGAUCAUCACGCGCACCAUCACCAGCACCACGGUGUGAGCCACGACGCGCACUCAGACGAAGACACCCCGACCUCUGAUGACCUGGAACAUUUCGCCAAACAGUUCAAGCAGCGACGCAUCAAGCUGGGUUUCACGCAGGCGGACGUGGGUUUAGCUCUGGGCACGCUGUACGGCAACGUGUUCUCUCAGACCACCAUCUGCAGGUUCGAAGCGCUGCAGCUCAGCUUCAAGAACAUGUGUAAGCUGAAGCCUCUGCUCAACAAAUGGCUGGAGGAGGCCGACUCCACCACGGGGAGCCCGACCAGCAUCGACAAGAUCGCCACGCAGGGCAGAAAAAGGAAAAAGCGCACCUCCAUCGAGGUGAGCGUAAAAGGCGCGCUGGAGAGCCACUUCCUCAAGUGUCCCAAACCCGCCGCACAGGAGAUCAACUCGUUGGCGGACACUCUGCAGUUGGAGAAGGAAGUGGUCCGGGUUUGGUUCUGCAACCGCAGGCAAAAAGAGAAGCGCAUGACGCCGCCUGGACUGCCGCGCACCCCGGAGGACGCGUACUCACAGGUGGGCAGCAUGGGACCUGACACCCCGUCACCCUCCAUAGACUGCAAGAGGAUGUACAGUGACACGUGAAAAGAAAUCUGACUGCAAGUGUUUGAAUACAAAAUAUUUCAUGUUUCCUAAAAAAAAAAAAUCUGAUAGUUGAUUAACUUUUCUUACAGACCCACUUGUCCUUUGACCCACGAUAAUGUUGUGUAUCCAUUUCAGAGCAGGACCUGUGUCUGCAGGACCUGUGUCUGCUUCAUGCAUCACCGGGUAUUUUUCUGCACUAUAAAACAGCCUUGGGGACCAUAAAUGAACAACUGAACUGAAAUAGGACUUAAAGAAUAAUUGUUUGUCUCCUAAAGGCUCUGUUUGAUUACCACACGAGGUGAGAUAUUUGAUCAUUCACACGUCAAAAAGUUCUGACGAUAAAAGUUCCAUUUAUCUGUAACGUUAAAACUCCAUUGACUUCCUGGAUGAUUUGCUGUCCCAAGGCUGGGGUGUUCUUAGAUAAAAGAAAAACACUGAUUUAAAGCAUUAAGCUGUUUUAAAUGAGCAAUAAUUUCCCUUCCUUUAAACAUGUUUCUCACUUUGUGUUGUGUGUCAGUGGAUUUCUGUGGUGACACAGUUUAACAUAAUCAAAGAACAUUUAAAACUUUUCCACUUUUUUGUUUUCCUGCAUAGGAAACUUAUUUUUUUAAACUAGAACAAACUCCCUAGACUUUAUCAUGUACAAGUUAUUCUGCUGUGUAUUCCUGUGUGAUGAUUUGGACUAUUUAUUUUCUUCCCACUGUGUUUAUUUUCAUGGAAUAGUAUAAUUAUUUAAUAAAU